UUUGCUUUCCUCAAACACCGAACUCACCAUCCUCAACAAACACCAAAAUUACCUUCUCUUCAUUUUCCUCCUCGACAUUUACAAUCAUUUCAUUUACGCCCUCGUCUUCGCUGCAUCAUGUGUGGAGGUGCUAUAAUCUCCGACUUCAUUCCGGCCACGCCGUCUGGCCGGGCCAACCUCUGGUCCGAUCUGAAGAAACCUGGGUCUAAGUCCGGAUCGGGCAAACGGCACCGGAAGCAGGUGACCAAUUUCGCUGAUGACUUCGAGGCUGACUUUCAGGAGUUCAAGGAUGAGGAAUCGGACGUCGAUUUCGAUGAUGGCUAUUUAGCCGAUGUCAAGCCGUUUGCUUUCUCUUCUUCAACGAAAACCGCUUCUGGUGUUUCUUGUGGCUCGAAUACUGUAAAAUCUGUGGAAUUUACUGGGCAAGCUGAGAAAUCUGCAAAAAGAAAGAGGAAGAACCAGUACAGGGGAAUUAGGCAGCGUCCAUGGGGUAAAUGGGCUGCUGAGAUCCGUGAUCCUAGGAAAGGGGUUAGGGUUUGGCUAGGGACUUUUAAUACUGCUGAAGAAGCUGCUAGAGCCUAUGAUGCUGAGGCAAGGAGAAUACGAGGCAAGAAAGCUAAGGUGAAUUUCCCAGAUGAAACCCCUAAUGUUUCUCCUAAGUGUUCAGUGAAGUCGAUCGCUCAGAAACCACUUUUGAAGGCAAAUCCAAUUCCUGUUCAACCAAACCUCAACCUGAGUUUCAAUUACGUGAACAAUUCGGAACAGGACUACUACAAUUCCAUGAGUUUUGUGGAAGAGAAACCAGCAAUGAAUCAGUUUGCAUGCAUGGAUUCCUUCCCUGCUAAUGGUGAUGUUGGACUCAAGCCCCUUGCUCCAUCUCACAAUUCUCCCCUGUAUUUUAGUUCAGAUCAAGGAAGUAACUCUUUUGAUUGUUCUGACUACGGCUGGGGAGAACAAGGUGCAAAGACUCCUGAAAUAUCAUCUGUUCUUACAGCUUGCAUUGAAGGUGACGAGUCUGAGUAUUCAGAUGAUGCUAACCCAAAGAAGAAGCUGAAGUCAAACUCUGACAAUUUGAUUCCUGUAGAAGACAAUAAUAGUACAAAUGGUAUGUCUGAAGAGCUCCUGGCUUUUGAUAAUCAGAUGAAGUACCCUCAGACCCCAUUCCCGGAGGGUAACUGGGCUGCUUCAAUCGACAACUUCCUGAAUGGGGAUGCAACUCAGGAUGGUGGGGACACAGUGGACCUUUGGAGCAUUGAUGACCUCUCUGCCUUGUUUUUGAAUCCGGGUUUCUGAGCAAUCUUCUCCCGUGCUUGCUAGUUUUGUAAAUAAAGCUACAUGUUAGACCUGGAAUCUGUCAUGAAGUUGGGAGUAAAACUGCUGAGCCUGCUUAAGUCUUUGCUGGAUAAUUUUAAGGAUUCUUAGUAUAAUAGGGAGUAUGUAGGCUUCUAAAUCCUCCUUACCUAUCCGUGAGACUUUUAACUUCAAAGUUUAAAUAUGCGUGAGUGUAUGUGUUUAUGUAUUGUUUAUGGAGUACUAAAACCAGUUGAAUAAUAAUUUUGCUGUUUGUUCCCUUAUUUUCCCUCAUCGUUUUGAAGAGGGCACAAUUUUGCAUCUGUUUAACCGUCUAGUCGGCUGCUGAUCUCUUACUGU